AUGUCAAAAUCCAUAUAUAUUACCAUAUUCCCAAUCUUGCUAAUUUUUGUCUGUUCUUAAUUAAAUCCUAUACGGUCAAGUCUUAGUAAAUAUCCCUUUGAAUCAAAUGAAACUAUAGUUUGCAAUCAAACAUAACCAAUAUAAUAUCCAAUCAAAUUUUCAUCAAUUUCAAGGAAACCUUAGGUAAUCUUAAAUCUCUGGAAGAUUAAAAUGAACAAAGGUAUAUCUGAAGUUUAAGCAUCCAUUUCACAGAUAAAGUAAUCAUGUAAUUUAUUUUAUUUAUUAAGAAUUUUAAGUUAAUAUUGGUUGUAAAUCAGGAGUUUUGGAAUUAUUUUCAUUUAGAUGGUUUGUUGUUGAUGAUUAAAGAAUAUAAGUAUUAGAUUCUUUCAAUAUGACAAAUUUAACAAAAAAAACAUUUAAACAUUAAAAUCCUAAUGCAUUAAAAGCAUUUGUCAUUAUAACAAGUAUAGGUUUUACAGGAAAAUUUGAUUUUUUUCUCAAAGUAUUUAUAUCAAAAUUUCUCUAGAUUCUGGAAAUUAAUUAAACCACAGUAACUGUUGAUAUUUAAGGAGAUUAUGCAAAUGUUUCUUAAUUGGGCUAUCAAAUAAUCUUGGGAAUAUAAGAGGCUUUUAUUAUGGUAAAUUAGAGCUACUUUUAUGAGAAUUUUACAAGUAAAGACUUUCCUUGGGCAUCUAGGGAUACGAAAUUUUUAGCAAUUAAUUUUUAUGGUUUUAAUUAUUCAAAUGAUGUAAAUUUUGAUUUUUAAGGAGCUGAUGGACCAAAAAAUUAAAAUUUAAUCUAUAGAUAUUAUGUUUUUUCUAGUAUUUAUAAAAAAAAUAUUAAUUAGAAGGAGGUGGAAGUUAUAAUAGCAUUUUUUGGAUUAUAAAAAAUAUUACUACAGUAUUUUCCCCAUUAAAACUUUAAAACUUAUCAAUUAAGUAUCAAAAGUAGAUUCGUGCAAUUUAAAUUCAAAUGA